AUGUCUCAAGAAAAGAAUCUGAAGAUCAAUACUGACGAUUCCGAGGGCAGCUAUGAGCCCCACACCCCGGGUGGCCAUGCUGCAGAUGCCAGCCAGCCAACUAUGCCUGUGUAUCAUCGUCAAUAUGGCAACCCGGCACCAUUAGGAUUGCUUGCAUACGGCACUGUCUUCUUGGCCGCCUCUCUCUUCAACAUUAACGCCCGCGGGAUCCACAAUGGGUCUCUGGUUCUUCUCUUCGCUAUGUUCUAUGGCGGCAUCAUGCAAACGCUGGUCGGGAUGUGGGAGAUGUUCCUUGGCAAUACCUUCGGAGCAACCGUUUUCGCCACCUACGGUGGGUUUAACAUGUCAUAUGGUGCUUUGUACCUGCCCGGCGUUGGCGUUCAAGCUCUGUAUACCGACGCCAAUGGGGUUCUUAGCCCUGACUUCGAGCAAGCUGUUGGUAUCUAUCUCCUGAUUUGGGACGUUAUCACCCUCCUCUUCCUUAUUGGAUGCCUUCGCUCCUCGGCACCUGUCGUUUGGACUUUUGGCACCACAGUAGUUGCACUGACUUUGCUCGCCGCAAACAGUUUUACUGGUAUACAAAGUCUGGCUGUUGCAGGUGGCGUAUUCGGUCUCUGCGCUGCCGCAGGUGCCUACUAUGCCGCCCUGGCUGGCUUCUACUCGCCAACAGUGACAUUCAAGUGGAUCAAGCUUCCUCCCAUGAGUCUGGCAUACUCCGAGGUGUAGAUGCAC